UGACUGGCGGCUCUGGUUGGCUGUGCUAAUAGCCUGAGCGGGUACCCGCCUUCCCACCAGGGCCGCCCCGUCCCCGGCGCCUGCCAGGAGACACUGCGACCGGGAACAGCGGCCCGGGACGACAGCACCGGAGUGAAAAUGCAGUUUUUGUGGUUGGUGGCCUGUUUCGUCCUUGGGAUCCUGCAUUCCGAGGGGCCCAGAGGGAAGGUGGCAGCUGUGGAUCCUGAAGCAAACAUGAAUAUAAGUGAAAUCAUCACUUACAGGGGAUUCCCUGCUGAGGAACACCUAGUUGAGACAGAAGAUGGGUAUAUUCUGUGCCUUUACCGAAUCCCUCAUGGAAGGAAGAAUCAUUUUGACAAAGGUCCCAAACCAGUUGUGUUUCUGCAGCAUGGCUUGCUGGCAGAUGCCAGUAAUUGGAUCACGAACCUUGCUGACAACAGCCUGGGCUUCAUUCUUGCUGAUGCUGGUUUUGACGUGUGGAUGGGGAACAGCAGGGGAAACACCUGGUCUCGGAAACACAAGACUCUUUCACCGUCUCAGGAUGAAUUCUGGGCCUUCAGUUUCGAUGAGAUGGCAAAAUAUGACCUACCAGCUUCAAUUAAUUUCAUUCUGAAUAAAACUGGCCAAGAAAGUGUGUAUUAUGUGGGUCAUUCUCAAGGCACCACAAUAGGUUUUAUAGCAUUUUCACAGAACCCUGAACUGGCCAAAAGGAUUAAAGUGUUUUUUGCAUUGGCUCCUGUGGUCUUAACUCAUUUCUGUGAGAGCCCUCUAACCUUAUUAGGAAAAUUGCCAGAUGUUCUCUUUAAGGAAAUAUUUGGACACAAAGAAUUUCUUCCCCAGAAUGAAGUUUUGAAGUGGCUGGGUACCCACGUUUGCACCCAUGUCAUUUUGAAGGAGCUUUGUGGAAAUAUCUUUUUUCUUGUGUGUGGAUUUAAUGAGAAGAAUUUGAAUAUGUCAAGAGUGGAUGUGUAUACAGCACACAAUCCCGCUGGAACUUCUGUGCAGAACGUGUUACACUGGAGCCAGUUUGUUAAAUUCCAAAAGUUUCAAGCCUUUGACUGGGGAAGCAGUGCCAAGAAUUAUCUUCAUUACAACCAGAGUUACCCUCCCUUGUACAAUGUGAAAGACAUGCUUGUGCCCACUGCAGUGUGGAGCGGGGGUCAGGACUGGCUUGCAGACGACAAAGAUGUCAAAAUCUUACUGACUCAGAUCACCAACUUGGUGUACCACAAGCGCAUUCCGGAGUGGGAACAUCUUGACUUUAUCUGGGGCCUGGAUGCCCCUUGGCAGAUGUAUAGUGAAAUUAUCAAUCUGAUGAGGAAGUACCAGUGAAAUGCAGACUUGAGAUGUGUGUCAUCAAGUCUCGAGAAAAUGUGUUUGCUUCAUUGCUUAAAAUACUGGUUUUCCUUUCUCAGGUCUUUUAUAUUUUUAUAUGCAAGAAAAUUAUGACUCUGAAGAUGCUCAAUUCUCUCAAGUUAGGAAUGAAAUACCCUGAGUAUAUUUUGUUUAAUUAAGGCUGAACCUGAAGCAAGUGUCUCAACCCUAGUGUUGUCUUUUUUUUUUUUUUUUUUUUUUUUUACAAAUAUCACUGACAUGAAAAGAAACCAUUCUGUUUCUCCUUACAUUUAAAAUCUAUUAUGUUUUUAUUCUUAUUCAGGACAAAUUAACACAUAUGUUUGGAAAUUUUAAACUGUAUUGGUUGAUGUUAAAUAAUCUGUCAUUGAUUUAAACGAAGGUGUGAAAGCAUCCAGUUUUCAUCUUCUUGCCUUAAAGUGCUCUCCAGUCCAAUGGGCUUGUAUUGGGGGAAUCCAAAUGACACUUUUUCAUUUUUUUUAAUGCAUUAGGUACCUAGUCAAACCCAGUGAUAUCCCCGCUGUGCCAGUAAUAAAUAUUCCAUAAUAAGUUUCAUCCGACAUAAAUGACAAAUGUUUAGAUUGUUCAGCUCAAGCACAAAUAGUUGGCCAGAACCUUCAGAAACAGAUUGCACUGUUUUAAAAGUCUGUGUUAUGAAUAGCUUGAAGACUGGAACACUCAAAUGUUUUUGCUCAUGAACUCCUGAUGAUGUGGCAGGCCAUAAUUCUACUUGUCAAGGAAGGAAAGUCCUGUGAAGAGGCAUGACCACUACUUUUUCCCGACAUUAACCAACUCUGAACCAACUGCUGCAGCUCAGUGAGGACAUCCCGUCUGUGUGAAGCUGAAGUCCUGUGGCCUCUGCAGGAAAUAUCCUCAUUCAUUUUCACUCAAGUGAAAAGUUAAUGUGGACAUUUUCAGUUUCAAGUUUAGCUCAGGAAUUCACUUCGCUUGUUGAGUUUUGUUUGUGUAAUAAUCAUUUGUAAUAAGCCUGCUCUGCAUCACAGUGUCAGGAAGCCCCUAUGUGUCUUCUUUGCUUUGUUUCCUUAUCAUGCUGUGGGAUGGACAGGACGUGCUUGCAGAUGUUCUGAUAUAGUCACAGUAGCUACAGUAACAAUUCUUGCUGUGUUGGCUAAUACAUACAGGCAGACUAAUACUGCUUGUAACAUUUACAGGGUCCUCUUUGAACUUUUCAAUAAAACUCAGUGAGCCUC